GAGCAGCGUUUAUUUUACAAACACUUGCUUGAUAAAAUUACAAGCGUCCGUGCUAUGCGCUGUACAUAUAUAUGAGUAUAUGAAUAUAUAUAUAUAUAUAUACAUGUAGAUAAGACACUAACUCACACAUAAAUACAAGUGCAGAUACAGUGAAUUAUGAAGAGUGGUGAGUGGUAAGCUAUAGAGUAGCGAAAGGCAAGAGCGCAAGCAAGCGCAAAAAAAAAUACAGCUUUUAAUUAUAACCUCAAGCUCGAGUCGUUUACACGCCAAAAAAACAAAUUAAAUAUUUCUUACUCAUUGCAAUAUUAUAAAUAAACAAAAAUGAAGUUCAUGGCGGGAGAGCAAGUGCUGGCAAAGCCACCAAAUAUUGACGAAUUUAAAAAGGGAAAAAUUUUAAUGGCCAGGGGGGAUAAGUAUGUUAUACAAUUUGAGGGCGGUAAAGAGCAUACUGUACUUGAAAAUAAUAUCCAGCCUGAAAGAGCGUCAAGGAGCAUGGCGAGAACUAUCAAGGGAAAAUUGUACAAGAGCCCGCUGAGAAAAUCGCCGGGACGCAAAUCUCCGAGCAGGAGGUCUCCCAGUAGAAGAUCUCCGGGUCGCAGGUCUCCUGGUAGAUCACCUGGAAGAUCACCUGGAAGGCCUAAGCGCCUUAUUAAGAUUACUUCCAAGCAGUCGGAUGACGAAAAAAGUUUUAAAACAGACUCUCAGAGUACAAUGAGCGAAUCUGACGACGUAGCUGAGUUGAUGCCUCUGCAAUCUCGACUGAAAGACCAGUCAGCUCCAACAGCAACAAGACGAUCGGUUAGAAUCCUCAAUAAUAUGUUGAAAGAUUCAUCGGUAAGUCUACGGGGCAUCGAUCGUGCAGUGUCAUUACCUGUUGAACGUAAAACAAUCAUGUACGACUACCUGGCUGAUACUAAAGAACGUGGAUUUUCCGUUCAACGCGAGCCUGACAUUCAAAAAUUAUAUUACGAAGAAGAAGUUCUCCCCGACUCAUCAACAACCGAAAAGACAAAAAAGAAAGAAAAAGAGCAAGAAAAAUCCCUCGAAAUCGAGCUUGUCAGCAAACCCCAGGAAUGGCUUGGCUGGAUUGGAGCAACCUGCCUGACAAUUUUGCUGCCUUGCGCGAUAAUCCUCCCCCAGAUCAGUUGCCUAAACAACAAAUGCCAGCUCCCGGGUUUAAAAUUCUCAACCAAGCUGCAGAGUUACUUCAACUUAUACUCUGCACUAGCUUACAUCAGCUUUCUGCUGGUCGUAGCUUUGACGUCGCUUCUGCCCUUGGGAAGAGUGUUUGACGGGAUGCAGAUGCGUAGCGGAAAGCUGCAGUACAGAUUGAACGGAGCUUACACGCUGUUGCUGGUCCUGGUGUCUUAUAAGACCGCGGAGAUCUUCGGGAUUGACGUUACGAACUUCAUUAUAGACAAUCUGCUCCGGUUCUCAGUCCUGUCCUGGAUCACGGGUACGAUUUUAUCAACAGCCCUCUUCAUCAAGGGUGGAAGGAUUCCUGUGUCCACUGCUAACAUCUAUGGGUCCACUAAUAAUUUAAUCUACGAUUUCUGGCAAGGCCGUGAGAUCAACCCUCGGGUGCUUAAACUGGACAUCAAAAUGAUUCUGAGUCGCGUCAGUGUCAUUGGGACCUUGGUGAUCAUCAUUGCGGUGAUGAUGAAGAGCUCCGAAGAUGUUGACUUUGGUGGGCUUAGCAGUUUCACAGAUCUCGCGGCUUUGAAAGCUUUCUUGGACUUAAACCCGACGAUCAUGACUGUUGGCUUGAUGCAGGUUUUUUACUGUCUUGAUUAUUUGUACUUUGAAGACGCCACUUUCACCAGCUUCAGAGUUCUUUAUGAAGGGACUGGUUAUAUGACCUGUGUUGCUGGAUUGAUGUAUCCGUUUUUGAUUACUCUGGGACCAAGAUAUUUAUUAUCGCAGGAAAUAAACAACACCUCUCCUUGGAUGCUGGGAUUUUUGAUAUUUGUAUUUUUCGUCGGGUACUUUAUCUACCGCUUCAGUAAUUUACAAAAAGACAAUUUCCGUAGAAAUCCUUUUUCCCAAGAAUCAUUACGACUAGAAACACUAUCAACCAACAAAGGAAAGAAAAUAAUUAUCUCUGGCUUCUGGGGACUUAUCAGACAUCCAAAUUACCUGGGAGACAUUCUUAUGAACUGGGCCAUGGUCCUGGUGACCCUGAACAAUGACCUCGUACUCUACUGGUCGGCACUAUGCUGCACCCUGGUCCUCGCCCACCGCGCGCUUCGCGACAACUCGCGCUGUCAUAAGCGGUACGGCGCGGCCUGGGAAAAUUACUGUCUACGUGUUAGAUCACUUAUAUUUAAGCGUAUUUUUUAAAUACCCCAAGUAUUUAUCACCCACGGCCUUCUUAAUUAAUCAAAUUAAAUUGAAUCUCUGAUUAUUUAAAUCAAAUAAUUAAUUAAUUAAAAUUGUAAUUAUAUUAAUAUCUAUAAAUUUAUUUUUUACAAAAUUACGGUGAAUUUUUGGACCAUUUUGUGUCAGCGAUUUUAUGACACUUGAUUAAGUAGCGUCGAUUUUAAAAAAAAUUUUUUAUUUAACUCAAUUAUGAACAAAUUUACUU